UAACAGAUAAGUUCUUGUCUGAUCGGAUUUCGGAAGCACCUCAGACGAGAACUUAUCGCGUUUUUGUUUCUGAAAAUUACACCUCGGCCUGAGUUCGCUGGAAACGCCCCAGUUUGGGCCCGAACCGCUCGUGUGCGCAUGUCGAGCGACCUACACACAAAAAGCACUAAACAGGCCAGAAUCCGAAUCCGAAUCCGAAUCCGAGCACGAGCACACGACUCACCCGUAUAUAUUCACAUAUAGAUGUGGAUGUGUAUAUGCACUGCACCACCGACUGCUGAGGAGUUUGGCGCGGUUCUCGGUGGUUAGUUGAGCGUUUGGUGGCACUGCGAACGGACGGAGAGCGUUGCGGAAAAGCAAAAAAAAACACAAACAAACAGAAGCAGAAAAGCGGAAAAGCUGGCCACUGCGACAAAGGUUAAGCAGCGACCAAUACAAAACGACAACAAAGGGAAAACGCAUCUAAGCUGCCAGAGAGAUACGAAAAAACCAGCCAAGACCAACGCACUUUGGGUUUCUUUGUUACGAUCUUUUUUUAUACAUCGAAGCACGUUGUAAUACAAAAAAAAAAAGACUCAAAUUAGUGCGCAAUAAUUAACAGAAAAGAAAAAAAAAAAAACAAACAACGAAUAACGUGAAACGUGCGCAAUAAUUUGUUUAAAAUCAAUGAAGACUGCAACUGCGCAAAACUGAAAAAUUGCAUCACAGCCGACAUAGCCGACACAGAACGGGAAAAGCGAGGAAAAUCAAUAGGGGGCAAAAUAAGAGAACCCCAAACAUAUAGGGGGGGAUUAGCACCCAUAAUAUUAUUUACCCAAUCCCAUAGGGAAGUGCAUUCGCAAUGCCUUCGCUUUUGGAGGCGCUGGAGCGCAAGUACUUCACAGAAUGCGAGUUCGAGAAUGCCCACGAACCGGAACUCCACAAGCGGAGCGACCUGCCCAAUGACUUUACGGUCACAAAGUGCGGCGGACGCAUGGAGUUCUCCAUCUUCAUACCCCGCCUGUCGCCCCUGACCAGUGUGCCAGCCCUGCUGGUGCUCAACGACUGCGACAUCGACUCGGCCGGCGACUUCGAGAGCAUCCGGGAGAAGUGCCAGCGGGUCAGGGAACUGGAUCUGGCCCAGAACAAGCUGAGCGACUGGUCGGAAGUCUUCAGCAUACUGGAGCACAUGCCGCGCAUCGAGUUCCUAAACCUGAGCAAGAACCAGCUGGCCAGUCCGAUCAGUUCGCUGCCCACGGCUCCAACGAUCAAUCUGAAGAGUCUGGUGCUAAACGGUACCUAUCUGGACUGGGCCUGUGUGGACUCGCUGCUGCGAAAUCUUCCCGUGCUGCAGGAACUGCAUCUCAGUCUGAACAACUACAGGCAAGUCUUGAUCGACGCCGAGGAGGCGGAGCAGCGGCUGCAGGAGACGGAAACGCCCGAGGAAACGGAGCUGCGCAUCACCAGGGCCCAUCCUGCGCUAAAGACCCUGCAUUUCACCGGCAAUCCCGUCGAGCACUGGCAGGAGAUCUGUCGACUGGGCCGGCUGUUUCCCAAUCUGGAGGCCCUGGUCCUUGCGGACUGUCCCAUACGAUCGCUGCAGGCCGACGAGGGUAGCGACACGCACAGAUAUUUCCCCAGUCUGAGGCUGCUGAACCUCAGUUCUGCGCAGCUCGACAGCUGGUCGGCCAUCGAUCAGCUGGCCAAGUUUGGGCAACUACGCAACCUACGCGUGAAACACUGGCCGCUGUGGGAAAGUCUAGAGUGCACGGAGCACGAGAGAAGGCAGCUUCUGAUAGCCCGAUUGCCCAAUGUGGAGAUGCUGAACGGGGGGGGCAAGAUCAGUAGCGAUGAACGCGUGGAUGCCGAGCGGGCCUUUGUCAGAUACUACAUGGACAAGCCGGAGGACGAGCGGCCGGCGCGGUACGAAGAACUCCUGCAGAUCCACGGCAAGCUGGAUCCGUUGGUCAAUGUCAGCCUGAAGCCGGACAAGCGGGUCAAGGUGCUGUUCACCUACAACGAUGUGAGCGAGAGUCGAUUCGUGGACAUCUACCUGACCGUCAACGAUCUGAAGGUCAAGCUGGAGAAGCUGGUGGGCCUGUCGCCCAACAAGAUGCGUCUGUACUAUCUGGACCAGGACUACAAGGAGUUCGGGCCCGAGGAGAUGCGGUACCCCAACAAGCAGCUGUACAGCUACAACAUCCAGUCGGGCGACGAGAUCAUCAUCGAUGCCAAGAAAUGAGAAGCAUGAGGUCCCAUGCUUCUGGAGAGGAUUGGAUUUACCCGCGAUUAACGCGCUUUCGUCGUCCCCCCGCCUGGUGCCACAACUUGUGAUCUUGUGCACGAAUUAUCAUUUAUAUUUAUCGUAUAUUACUUCUACUGUUAGAGCUGUUCUGUUCUCUCCAGCCAACCACUGUGUAAAUACGUUCUGUAAAACGGCCAAGCGAACAUUGCGCACCCACAUCGUAUAUUUUAAUUACUGCCUAACCUAAGCCACACACACACACACA